AGGCUGUGUGAAUGCUUUAUAGUUGUAUUCAUAAAGAUUGUGAUAUCUUGGCCGAAUGCUCCGCCAGUCGUCGCCACGUACCAAGUCAAACCGCCAAGAUGGGUCUCUUGUCCGAUCGAAACGGCAUACAAGAACAAAGGAAUCAAAUUCAUCAGCCCAUUCAGGCUUAAAAUGCAAGAAACCCAGAAACACGCCGGUAUGCCCUGCAAACAACAUUUUCCGAAAUGGGUCCCAGCAACCAAUAGGCUCGAUCUCCGAAAGUCCGAUACUCGGAUGGUCCAGACGUACCGGCUUGGUAAUUAA